ACUAUCUUGACUGGUAUUUGUGUGGAGUUUGCCUGGCACAGAAUUAAGCGCGUAUUUCAACUAUAAUGCGCUUUGCCAUUUAUAAACUCCAUAAUUUAUUAUAUACUAUUACAAAUCAUUAGAAUUUGUUGUCGUUUGGCUCAUAGCAAUAUGCAUAACUCAAGCAAACUAACGCAAGCGCAAUUAGUGGGGAGAAUUAAAUCUGUCUACUGCAAAGAUUUUGUAUCAUAUUCGGAAAUUACAUUCUUCCCAAAAGAGUACUUGAAUGUCUUGACAGGACCAAAUGGAACUGGAAAGUCAACAAUUGUAUCUGCAAUCAUUUUGGGCUUAGGAGGCGAACCGCAAUUACUAAAACGCUCCUCUAGUAUCUCAGAUUACAUAAAAAGCAGUAAGAGCACUGCUACAGUUAUUAUCACAGUUUAUGGAAGAGGAAAUAACUCCACAGAAGCAUUCAAGCGCAUAAUAAGUGACAACGGACAAUCUCGAUAUUUUGUGAAUUCUAAGGAAUUAUCAAAAACCAAAUUCGUGGAUAUUAUUGCAACCUAUAAUAUUCAAGUCAGUAAUUUGUGCCAGUUUUUACCACAGGAUCGAGUUCAGGAUUUUUCAAAAAUGAAUCCUCAAGAGCUUUUAGUGAACACCAUGGCCUCUGUGUGCGACAAUGAGUUAAUACGGUGCUUUAAUGAUUUAAAAGAAAUGCGCAAAACACAGUCAAGUGCUCAUGACGACAGAGAGCGGGAAAAAGAGAAGCUUCUGAAAGAGCAAAAGAGAUUGGAACAGUUACAAAUUUCGGUAGAUCAAUACCAAGAGCGUCAAGGAAUACAACAUAAGUUAAAUGUAUAUAAGGCAAAAAAAUUAUGCGUUGAAAUGUCCGUGGGAAAGACCAACAUUGAUGAUUAUAAUAGUCAAUUGAUUAAAGAGAAAGUUGACUGUGAAGCUCAAAAGAAAACGUUUGAAAGUAAAAAAAGAGCACAGGAAGAAGUUAUGAAAAAAUCUUCUAUAUUGGAAAAAAAAACGACAGAGCAAGUUCAGCUAAUUAAUAAAUCCAUAGCUACUAAAUGUGAUUUAAUUUCUCAACUGGAAACCAUAAAACAUAAAAUUAAUGAGAAUAAAUGCGAUUUGGAGAGAAACAUACAACAGUCAAUCGAAAGUAUAAGCGAAAUGGAGAAAAUAAAGUUGUUGUUAGAAACCAAACAACAUGAAUUGCAGCAAUUCAGUAAUGACAAAAUGGAGGUGUUGAAUGAACUAGAACAACAAAAGAAAACAAUAGUAACAACUCGUGAGAUAACGAUGAAUCAGUGUAAUAAGCGCAGAGAAUUUGAAACUAUGUUAAAUGAUGAAAAAAUUCCGGAAAUUACGGCUCUUACUCACAAGAUAGAGAGACUGCAAAAUAUGAAAUCACAAAAGAUUGAAGAGUUGCGACAACGAAAUCCUAACGUGGUCAAGGCUAUGAACUGGGUAGCUCAAAACAAGCAUAAAUAUAAAUGUAAUAUUUAUGAUCCCAUGGUAUUUGAAUUAAGCAUCAAAAGUGAUGAGGCAGCAAUGUAUUUAGAGAAUGUUGUUAGACAACGCGACUUAUAUGCUUUUGCAUGUGAGGAUAAAAUCGAUAUGUCGGAUCUUAUUAACGAGCUAUGCGUGAAGCAAAAGCUAUCCGUAAAUGUUAUAUAUUGCGGUCCAGCAGACAGAUGCUUGUUUACGUCUAGAGUUCCAAUUACAGAAAUCAUGCAGAUAGGAUUCACUUCGUAUCUUGUUGAUCUGAUCUCUGGGCCGAUACCAAUAAUAAACAAGCUAUGUGGGACUUAUCAAAUUCAUAAUAUUCCCAUUGGCAAAGAUGAAGUUAGUAAUUUUACUUCCAGAGUUCCAAAAUCCAUUCGAAUAUAUUUUGGAGGCACCAAAAUGUUUUCUGUGACGACAUCACGAUAUCGCCCUGACUCUAUAUUAACCGAAAGCACAGUUCGAAGAAAAAAUCAACUUAUUAGCCUUGAUUCAACACAGUUGACGUCACUUAAAGAAAGAUACUCCAAAUUAAUAUAUGAAAAGGAUAAAAUAAGAAACAAUUUACGAGAGAUCGAUAGCGAAAUUGAUCGCUUGCAGAUAGUUUUUCGAGAAGAAGGAGAAAAAAAGAGAAAAAUUGAACAAAAAUUGACGCAUUAUGGAAAUCUGGAGACUGAUGUGAAAAAGCUGCAGAUGAAAGUUGACAACUUAAAUAAAUCAAUCUCUUCAUUGGAGACCGUAAAAAAAACAUUCCAAAGAGAUUUGCUAUCAGAUUUAAGGAAAAUUCUUAAAAUUGAAAGCAAAUUAAUCAACAGUGUAGAGACUGCAGAUAAGUUCCAGACAAAAUAUAAAUUGAACGAAGCAAUUAAAUCAGUCCAUAAGCAACAGCAUGAAUUGCAAAUAAAUGCAGUCAAGGAAAGUCAAGAGAUCUACAGAAUGGCUAGUUCGAAAGUCGAAAAAUUGACAGGAUUACUUCAAGCUCAGCUACAAGAAAUUUCCGCUAAAACCGUGGAAGUGAAGCGGUUGUGCAACGGCCAACUUCCGUCAAGCGAAAGUUUUCCUUUUAAAAGCGAUUUCGAGAAAAUAUUAAGCCUUAGCUUAGAACAAAUUCUUGAAGCCAUAAUCGAUUUUCAGGCAAGAUUGGAAUGCAUGAAAAAUUGUGAUUCUGAGGUACUUACGAACUAUCAUCAACGCCAAGCCAAUGUGGAACAAUUAAAGAAAUCAAUCGAAAACAAAUCAAUCCAAGAAAAAAACGUAGAAGCCGAGAUAUUAAAUGUAUUCAAUAAAUGGGAACCUCAACUUACCCAAUUAAUUGAGACAAUUAACGCCAAGUUCAGUGAAUUUAUGGAUUCUAUCGAAUAUGUUGGAGAAGUGGUCUUGUCCAGAAAAGAAGCGAUCGACUUUGAAUCGUACGGCAUUCAAAUAAUGGUCCAAUAUAGGAAAGAUGCAAAACUACAAACUCUGGAUAAAUAUAUACAAUCCGGUGGAGAACGUGCUGUGGCCAUAGCAAUAUAUUCGUUGUCAUUGCAACACGUUACUCAUGUGCCAUUUAGAUGCGUUGAUGAGAUUAAUCAAGGCAUGGAUGCCAAAAAUGAGCGCCAUAUUUUCGAUUUACUUUUGAAAGAAGCUACUAAACAGGGAUCUGCCCAAUAUCUGUUUGUAACGCCGAAGUUGCUCCGUGACCUGAGUUACAAUCAACACUUAUGUGUCUCCGUAGUUCAUAACUCUGGAUCCAUUAAACCAGAUACAUAUUUUCCACUGAAUUAGAUUAAUUUAGAGUAAUAAAGUUAAGCUUUGUAUUGCAUUCAAUAAAAUUUUAUUUAAUACCGGCUGA